AUGCGAACUUGUUAUUACGAACUCCUCGACGUCUCAUACGACGUUUCGCCCGAUGGUUUAAAAAAAGCUUACAAAAAAAAGGCUUUAGAAUGGCAUCCAGAUAAAAAUCAUGGCAAUAUAGAAGAAGCGACAGAAAAAUUUGCUUUAAUACAAGAGGCAUACGAAGUGCUUUCUGAUCCGCAUGAACGGGCAUGGUAUGACGGACAUAAAGAACAAAUAUUGCGAGAAAACUUUGAUGCACCGUACGAGAGUUCUCCGUCCUAUCAACCACGAGCUCCAGCAGUAGCAGGCACUACAGUUGAUGAUCUAAUGAGAUACUUUACUGCGUCAUGCUACAAUGGAUUUGGGGACGAUCGUAAGAGCUUUUAUACUGUCUAUGGGACACUAUUCGACCAACUCGCUGCGGAAGAACAAGCUGCGUUCGAGUAUAAUAGAAAUACCAACAAAGCCGAUUAUCCCGUGUAUCCAUCAUUUGGGGAUAGCAACACACCAUUUAAAGAUAAUUUGG